AUGGCUCCCCCACACAGACACACCCCCGCCGCGCCCACCGCACGCCGCCGCUGCUGCAGUCUGCGCCCGGUCCCUUCCUCCUCCGAUCCAAUCUCGCCGGCCCGCCGCGUCCCCCGCACGCCGCCGCAGUCCGCGCCCACUACGGGCGGACGCCGCACUCCCGCACGCAGCCGCCGCCGCCGCCGUCGAGUUCGUCCCCGCGGGCUCCGGGGACAUCCGUCGUCGCCUCCCCCCGGGACCACGACAUCACCGUCGCCUUCGCCGUCCACGCCGCCACUGCUCCGUCCCUGGCCACCGCGCACACUGCCGCCGCGACGUCCGCGCAUCGUCACCCCCCGUCCCCGGCCGCCGUCCGCGACGCUGUGCCGUCCUCGCGCCGCCACUACGCCGCCGCGCCACCGGCGUCGCCGAUCCGAGGCAAAGUGCCGGAUAAGUUGCUGGAUUAGACUAGCUGGGGCGCACCUGUUCCCAAUCAGUGCUUGGCGACGUGAGGCUCAGCGGGAGCAGGAGCAGGAGGGCCAUGCUCUUGCUCGAGAGGGGACACCACUUGGUGCCGUGCUCAGGUGGAGGCUGACGCCAAGGAGAGCUGCAACAAUGGGGUCGAUGGGCAGGAGCAGGACAAGGUUAAAAAGACUGUCAAUCGAGCAGGCCAUUGUCCAUCAUGCAGCUCAGUAUGGGUGAAUGGAGUUCACGGAACUGCGUGGCAGAGAAGGGCUCUGCACGGUAGAGAAGAUCACUUUGUCUUGGGAGAUUAGAGUGCUGCGGUAGACCAGUAGAGCCAUGUGGAAUUUGUAUGGCACCAAUCGGAUAUCUUAUACUCAAAAGGUAGGGAAUAGUGUUAAAUUAAAUGACCCGAUUUUAUUUUAGUGAAUGUGAAACACUAUUAGUUUAGUAGAUGCCUAAUGGUUGUCUCCUGUAAGGUUCGAUUUAUUUGGGCCUACAGUACGAGUGAAUAUAUAUGAUAUGCACUUUAUGUUUCAUGAAUAAAAUUAGAUGUGUUACAUGUA